AUGAAAAACUUUUCAAAUCGAAAAAAAAUAACUAGUGAGAUGCGAUGCGAUGAGAUGAGCUUAAAGGACCAUUGUAUAAAUUUUGAAGCGCUGUUCAACCUACGUACAUUAAGAAACCCAAGUAUCAGAUCAGUAAUGGCUUUGGCAAUUUCCCAUGAGGAUACCGAGAUCUUAUUGAAGGACAAGAAUGUCUUACAAGAAUCAGUGUUAGAUAAAUAUAGAGUUGCGGGCCAAAUUUCACAAACUGCUUUGAAAUAUGUUACAGGUUUAAUUAACGAUGCAUACCAUUACAAAACCACUCAACAUCAGUUCACCAUUCCUGAAUUAUGUCUACUCACAGAUUCCUUCAUUUUGACUCGUUUGGAGCAAUAUUAUAAGAAUAAAGUUAACGAGAGAGGUAUUGCUCUUCCAACAACUAUUGAUGUCGAUCAAAUUGCUUCUGGAUGGUGCCCUGAAGUGGAUGAUGUGAAGAAUUUGGAACAUUGGAAUAAAGAAGCCACAGAUUCUCCAUUCACCUCCUCCAUUACUGGUGUAUUAAGAGAAGGUGACAUUGUGAAAAUUUCCCUAGGUGUUCAUAUCGAUGGUUAUACCUCUCAAGUGUCUCAUACUAUGGUUAUUUAUCCAUUAGAUGCCACCACGCAACCAGUUAAACCUGCAGGUCAAUUAUUAGGUGGUAAGGCAGAUGCUAUUGCCGCAGCUCAUAUCGCUAUGGAAACCACUGUUGCAUUAUUAGCAUGUGCUUUAACUCCAGAGAAAUUACCUGUCUCAUUAACUUCAGGUAACGGUCAAGUGACCGGCCAAUUGAUUAGAUUAGUGGUAGAUACCAUUGCUCGUUCUUACAAUUGUGCUGUGGUUCCAAGUUCUCGUGUUCGUAGAAUUAGAAGAUUCUUGGCUGGUCAAAACGAAGGUAUUGUUGCUGAAAGAGAAUAUAAAGGUGUUGUAUGGACGGAAUCUCACCAGGAAGCUCAAUUAUUGGCUAACACCGAGGUGAAAGAUUUGGUCAUGGUAGACCGUUCUAAGGGAUUGCCUGCUGUGGCCUCUGCUGUUCCAGUGGAUGAUUUCGUAGUUAAUGCUGGUGAAGUUUAUUUAAUUGAUUUAAAGAUGGCUCCAUUGGAUCAAUUGACCAAGAAAGGGUUAGUCACUUUGGAGACUGUGGAUUCUUUUUCUGGUAAAUCUCAUAAGAAUAAUCAAUUGAUUGCUAGAUCUGGUUCCUUUGUGAGAGAUUUUGCUCAAUCACAUAUCUUAAAAUUAAAGACUUCCAGACAAUUAUUAUCCAAGAUUGAUAGACAAGGUGUUUACCCUUUCAAACUUUCUCAUUUAUCCUCCAACUUUCCUCUAUCAUCCGAUGAAGAAUUUGAUAACUUAAAGAAUGAAUUGAAAUCAUUUAGACUUGGUAUGAGUGAAAUUUCCAAUAAUUAUCUAUGUGUGGAAACACCAAUACAGGUUGCCAAAUGGGUCCCAUGGGAUCACAUACUGAAAUCCACGAACCCUAAUGGUAAUUUGAGUUAUGACGCCAGUGCCACUUUGACACUACCUGGUCAUGAAUUACCAUUACCUAAAUUAGGAAUCUCUGCUUUGAAAUUGAAAUCUUUAAUCAAGUCCUCGAGAGAAUGUGUGAAUUUGGCCGUGGCUCGUGAAUGUAAUACCGUUAUAUUGUGUGGUUCAGAUGUUAGUAGUAAUGAGAGGCCUGAAUUGUUGAGAUUGACUGGUGGGUCCAAGACAUGUCAACCAAGUUGGAUUCAUUCCACUCAUGAACUGGAUGGUGAAGAUGCUACCGUGCAAGGUAUUUUCCAAUUGGCUGCAUUGGCUAAGGAUAAGAGAUUCGGUUUAUUAUUGAGAGAGACACAACCAAUGAAGCAAAAUGUGUAA